AACAGAAUUCACAUUUUUCUUUCUAAACGCGGACGUCGAACGUGCGGCCACGUGACAGCAACAUCCGGUUUCCCUUGUAAUUUCCUUAGUAAGAUUUCCGCCUACAAGAUUUUGAAGAAUAAGGCAACAUAGAAAUCGAGAUGUCUACAAAACAAAAGACAUCACGUAGCAAAGAUGAUGCUCCCCAUGAAUUAGAAAGCCAGUUCAUUUUAAGGCUCCCUCAGGAAUAUGCGUCAACAGUAAGAAGGAUGGUGCAGUCUGGCAAUGUAAAUGCAAAAGACAGACUUUCAAUUGAGUUACAUUCGGAUGGCCGUCAUGGGAUUGUGCGUGUUGAUAGGGUUCCACUUGCUGCCAAGCUUGUUGAUGUUCCAUGUAUCCUAGAGUGUUUAAAAACCAUAGACAAGAAGACUUUUUACAAGACUGCUGACAUCUGCCAGAUGUUAGUUUGUACACUUGAUGGUGACCUUUACCCACCUUUAGAGGAACCAACUGGAGUAAGCGACCCAAAGACCAGCAAAAAGAAGGACAGGGACAGAGAAAAGAAAUUUAUUUGGAAUCAUGGAAUAACCCUUCCUUUAAAGAAUGUACGCAAGAGGCGCUUCAGGAAAACUGCCAAAAAAAAGUACAUUGAGUCACCAGAUGUGGAGAAAGAAGUGAAACGUCUUUUGAGCACAGAUGCAGAAGCAGUCAGUGUCCGAUGGGAGGUGAUUGCAGAAGAUGAGUCCAAAGAAAAUGAAAAUCUGACUGGCCUAGAUGGUUCUCCUGGAAUGUCUGGCAUGAAACAAGUACAUGGGUCUUCAGUGGAAAGAGACGAGCUCCGUGAGAUCUUUAAUGACAUUAGUAGUAGCAGUGAUGGAGAGGAAGAGGAAGGAGAACGACAAGAAGAAGAAGACUUAAACAUUAUGGAAACUGAAGAUGAGCAGAGAGGGCGUCAAAAUGGCCAGGAUGGGGGUACUAAUCAUAUAGUACUAGAAUUGCAAAAACAGGUUGAAAAUUUACAGAAGAAACUGCGGGAGACUCAGGAAAGAAGGAAACGUCAAGAAGAACUCAUUAUGAAGGUGGAGAAUGUUGCUUUGAAGACACGUCUACAAGCAGUGCUUGAUGAAUUCAGGCAGCAGGAAGACCGUGAGAAGCAACAGGUGACAUCAUUGCAGGAGCAGCUUGAAGCCCUGAUAGAGAAAUGAGGAUCAAACUGAUACAAGAUAACCCACACCUUAACUCUAUAAUUUCUUUUGGUACUAAGUAGUCUUCAGGCUGAUGGGUUGGAAGAGAACAGUGUAACAGAUUCUAAAUAAAGACCAAUAUCUACACUCAAUGGACUCUCUACAAUAACCAUCCUGUCAUUGUGAGAAACUGAUGAAUUUUAUGUUGGAUUUAUAAGAAAACUACACAGCGAAAUUUGAUUUCUAUCACAUAGCAAAAAUAAAUACUGCUUAAAAAUAAAGAAAAAUCUGGUGAUUUGUUUAAAUCAGGUUUUUAUGUUAAUCAUAUUUUGAAUAAUUUUUU